CCUGCCCUCAUUUCCAAUGCAGCAGCGACCAUGACAGGCAUCGCCGCUGCUUCUUUCUUUUCCAACGCUUGCAGAUUCGGGGGCUGUGGACUUCACUUCGACUCUCUGGCCGAGCUCAUCGUGCACAUCGAGGAUAACCACAUUGACACAGACCCCCGUCUGCUGGAAAAGCAGGAGCAGCAGCAGCCUACAUAUGUUGCCCUUAGCUACAUCAACAGGUUCAUGACAGAUGCAGCACGGCGAGAGCACGAGACUCUGAAGAAGAAGGUGCAGCCCAAGCUGUCUCUGUCUCUGACAGGCAGUCUGUCUCGCAGCAGUGUUUCCACUCCGCCUCGCCACACCAGUGGAAACCUCACCCCCCCAGUUACCCCACCCAUAACCCCUUCCUCUUCCUUCCGCAGCAGUACGCCUACAGGUAGUGAAUGUGAUGAAGAGGAGGUAGACUUUGAGGAGUCUGACAGUGAUGAGUCGUGGACCACAGAGAGCGCCAUCAGCUCUGAGUCCAUCCUCAGCUCCAUGUGCAUGAACGGAGGAGACGAGAAGCCAUUUGCCUGCCCUGUCCCAGGCUGUAAAAAGAGAUACAAGAAUGUGAAUGGGAUCAAGUAUCAUGCCAAGAACGGCCACCGAACCCAGAUAAGGGUGCGCAAACCCUUCAAGUGCCGAUGUGGGAAGAGCUACAAAACAUCUCAGGGUCUCCGCCACCACACCAUCAACUUCCACCCACCCAUCUCUACUGACAUCAUCCGCAAGAUGCAGCAGUAGAGCCUGAGUGAGCGACCAGCACUCUCCUUUAGGACAUUCCCCAAUCAUCUUAACUUCACUGUCACCAGCAAAAGCUGUUUCUUCUUCUCCCACCCUGUUCCCUUCAUCUUCGACCUCCUGUCCUCCUCUUUCUUUCUAUGACACUAUUUGUUUUUCAUAUUUUGCAUGUUAUAAAUGUUUUAUUAUUCAUCCUUAAUUUUUAUUCAGAAUUUUGAAUCUUUAUUAUCUAGUUCACAGUUUUAUAUUUUGCACAUUCAAACUAUCAUAUCUAUUGAAUUGAAUUUAUUCUAUCUAUAUGAAUUUAUUUUUUUGACACAUGGUGCUCGAUGGCAAUGAUGGCAUGUUUGUUUUACAGUAGAGAAUGGCCUAGCAGGCUAGUCUAGCAUGUAAGGCGUCCUGCUUUAAAGGCAGCGUGAAGUCAGUCGAAACUGAGGAAAGAUUUGGAUGUUUCAUUUGAGGAAGAAGGCACCAAUACCAUGCCUGUAAUACAGUGUCUCAGUUAAGUGCUAAAAUGUGACAGAGGCAAAAAAAAAAAAGAAAAAGUGUGUUGUAUAACAGAAAUCCAACCUGAAACCAUUUGUACAUGUUUCAUGCUCAGAUUUAGUAAUCAGCUUUUCAACUUUGCCUUUCAUGUCACAAAUAUUCCAAACCUUUUUUUUUCAUCUGUUUUACUGCAAACACGUGUGUGUGAGCACCAAAGGAUGAUCUCAGGUGAUGUUUGCAAGCAUUUCAGCACCACAAUCCUGCCCAAGUGUUCUGAUCCAAGGAUCGCAGGAACUCAACGUUCUAAUGUUCCUGGUCGCUUUCCUGACUUAAGCAGUUCUCCUUGCUAUUUUACAAGUGAGGGAUUGAAGCACUUUUUGUAACAAGUUGCCAACAAAUACACAUUUUAGCCAAUAUCUCGUUUCUGGUUUAUGUACAGUAGCUGCCGAAACGAGUCAAAAGGCCUUCAGAGCAGAAAGAUGGCAAGUUCUAAUUUUGCAUCAAGGGAAGAUGUACACCAAACCUCCAGUGUUUGCAGUAUUGUGAUAUUUCUCUAUGUAGUUGCCUUGAAUUGUAAACCAUUGCAAUCAGUACAGAUCUUUUUAUGGCUUCAUUGUGACAAGUGCAGACAAAUUCAGCCGAAUACAGAUGUUUUACCCGGGUCAUGUGAAUCCAUGUGAUUGUCCUCGUCAUGGAUACAAGAAAAAGGGGGCUUGUAUAAAUUCUUACAGUCGUUGUUAGGUUGUAAGACAAACAUAUGCGGCUCCUACAGUGCCAUAAUAAUUUGUCAGUUAAGCAUUAAUCAUAAAUAAUGAACUGCAGAAUUUCACGUUGCCACCAGAUGAUUUAUCAACAGUGAGCCAUUAGAUAACAUCUUCAUUGCAUGGAUGUUAGUGUUAAGGAACUACAAUCCAAUUUAAAAUUGUGACAGUAUUUUACUGCCAGUAUGGAGGUGAAGUCUUUGAUAUAGUGUACAGUGAAUGUAUUGUUAUGUGUUAAGUGCAUUAAAUUAUAUUUUCAUAUGUUUCUGGGAAUAAAAAAACAAACAAUACUUUAAUGUGUAUGAGGUAGAGGCAAAGCCAGAGGCUGUUUGCAGAAACUCAUGGUGAUGUACUGUAUUUCUUCAAAAAGCUGCUUCAUGGAAACUUUUGUUACGUUUCAAAUAAAAGUUCCUCUGAUGUGUGCCUAAA